AUGGCCAUACAAAAAUCUCUCUCCCUCGCUUUUCUCCUCUUUUUCGUACCCUUUCUUUCUUCUUCCAAUGCAACAAUAUCAUCUGCAACAGCAGGACUGCCAGAAGCAGAGGCUCUCCUGAAAUGGAAAGCCAGCCUCUCACCAGCACAAGUUCUCCACUCAUGGUCACUUCCUGCUACUAAUGCCAGCACCAACACCGUAUCUCCAUGCAAAUGGACUGGGAUCUCAUGCAACAGCCUUGGAAGUGUAACAGAGAUAAGCCUACCGAGUGCAGGCUUGCAGGGUAAGCUCGACAACUUGAGCUUCCCCUCAUUUCCAAACCUCGUUCAUCUCAAUCUCAGUGGCAACACUCUCACUGGUACCAUCCCAGCUCAUAUAGGCGCUCUUUAUAAACUCAUGUCCCUUGAUCUGUCUGCAAAUAGUAUAAGUGGAUCAAUACCCCUAGAUAUAGGGAAUCUUGUGAAUUUGAAUGAGCUAGACUUGUCCAUUAACCACCUAGAUGCUUCUAUCCCUUCCACUUUAGGGAACUUGUCAAAUCUUUCCAUCUUGUACCUGGACCAAAAUCGAAUCUCUGGCUCCAUUCCUCCACAAAUUGGGAAUCUAAAAGAUCUGGUUGAGUUGUCAUUGUUCCAGAACAAUCUGACCGGUCCAAUUCCUCCUGCUUUGGGGAAUUUAAUGAGUCUCAAUAGGUUAGCAUUGUACCAUAACAAUCUGACUGGUCCCAUCCCUCCUGCUUUGGGUAAUUUGAGAAACCUUACAGACUUGCUCCUCUACAGCAAUCAAUUUUCUGGUUCAAUUCCUCCACAAUUUGGGAAUUUAAUGAAUCUCAACAGGCUUGUUCUGUCAGAUAACAUUCUAACAGGUUCUAUCCCUUCUACUUUAGGGAACUUGACAAAGCUGACAUACCUCUCCCUCUUUCAAAAUCAAAUUUCUAGUUCUAUUCCUCCGGAACUAGGGAAUUUAAUGAGUCUCAAUACGUUAGCAUUGUACCAUAACAAUCUGACUGGUCCCAUCCCUCCUGCUUUGGAUCUCUUCACGUCUUCAAUGCUGUUGGCAACCAUUUCACUGGUGAGAUCCCAAAAGGCAUCAGAAAUUGCACUAGCUUAA